GAGUUCACAUCCGCGAUAGCGCUGACGUUGUCCAAAGGAGGAAAAUGGCGAUGGGUUGCUUGUCAAUGAGGAACACCGCGACUCCUGCAACAUUAACCUGCAAAAGACGGCGUGCUACAAUGGUUCCCACGUUGUCUGGCGGAUUCAGCAGAAGCGCUCUGCUGGUUUUAUCCGUGGCGUUAAUGUUGCAGGCAGUUUUAGGAGACGGAAAGACUCUCGUUCUGCUGGACAAUCCUAACAUCAGAGACACUCAUUCAAUCUUCUUCCGCAGUUUAGCAGAUCGUGGGUUUGACCUUACAUUUAAGACUGUUGAUGAUCCUGGUCUCUCUUUGAUCAAGUAUGGCCAGUUCCUCUACGACCAUCUCAUCAUUUUCUCUCCAUCAGUGGAAGAUUUUGGGGGCAGCAUCAAUGUAGAGACCAUUACAGCCUUCAUUGACGGUGGAGGAAAUGUUCUCGUUGCUGCCAGCUCUGAUAUUGGUGACCCUCUGAGAGAGCUAGGCAGUGAAUGUGGGAUUGAAUUUGAUGAGGAGAAAACUGCUGUCAUUGACCACCAUAACUAUGACGUUUCUGAUCCUGGUGAGCACACCCUGAUUGUUGCAGAUCCAGAGAAUCUUCUUAAAGCCCCAACUAUAGUUGGCAAGCCCACUAAUAAACCAGUCCUGUUCAAAGGUGUUGGCAUGGUGGCUGAUCCAGAUAACUCUCUGGUGCUGGACAUUCUGACAGGAUCCUCCACCUCUUACUCCUACUUCCCUGAUCGCCCCAUCACGCAGUAUCCUCAUGCAGUUGGAAAGAACACCCUCCUGAUCGCCGGUCUGCAGGCAAGAAACAAUGCACGUGUGGUUUUCAGCGGGUCACUGCACUUCUUCAGUGAUGCUUUCUUCAACUCCCCUGUGCAGAAGGCCACCCCUGGUUCAACAAGGUAUGAACAGACUGGUAACCAGGAGCUGGCUGAGGCCCUGUCCCGCUGGGUGUUUAAGGAGGCUGGUGUUCUUAGGGUUGGGGCUGUUACCCAUCAUCCAGUUGGAGAGAGCACCCCCCCUGCUGCCUACACCAUCACUGACCUUGUGGAAUACAGCAUCGUGAUUGAGAUGUUGUCUGGUGGAAAGUGGGUGCCUUUUGAUGGAGAUGACAUUCAGCUGGAGUUUGUCAGAAUUGAUCCAUUUGUUAGGACCUACCUCAAGAAGAAUGGUGGAAAAUACAGUGUACAGUUCAAGCUUCCGGAUGUAUAUGGAGUUUUUCAGUUCAAAAUUGACUACAACAGACUUGGCUACACACACCUGUACUCCUCAACCCAGAUUUCUGUCCGCCCCUUGGAGCAUACCCAGUAUGAGCGCUUCAUCCCCUCUGCCUUUCCAUAUUAUGCCAGUGCCUUCUCUAUGAUGGCAGGACUCUUUGUUUUCAGUGUCGUUUUUCUACAUAUGAGAGAAAAAGAGAAGUCUGAUUAAAAUGAGAAUCAGUGAAGAGGAGCACAAGAACAUGGGAGAAAAAA